GCAACAGCCUUUUCCUUCCUUUCUGCACUUUUUAUAAUUCCUUAUUUUAUUGUUGUCAUAUUUGUAUGUCUAUCUUUUAUUUAAAGUUAAAUGAUAAACCCUUUGAACCCUUUUUAACUAUUACAUUCUGACAAGCUUUAAUGUUAUUCUUCAUUAAAAAAAAGUCUGUUGCAGCUAACAGUGAUGUUCAAAGAAAGUGAAAGUUCACAAUGGAAACAAACUUUUAUCAGCUGUUCUUCACACAACUUCUGAUGAUAAACACUUCCUUACAGUAAACCACAGAAUUAUUUUAAGAAUGUGAUCAUUUACACGAACAAUUCCACACCUUACAGUUUGAACCUGCUCAGGUGUGUAUUUUAUAGGGGUUCUGACGUAAAACCUGAAAGCGCUGGAAGUAAACAGCGUAUGAGAAUGACACAGAGGAGAAGAUAUUGUUGAACAAAGUUGUUAUUUUUGUUUUGUUUUUGCGCACAAAAUGUAAUUUCGUCACUUCAUAACAUUAAGGUUGAACCACUGCAGUCACAUGACUGUUUUAACAAUGUCUUUAGUACCUUUCUGGACCUUGAAAGUGUUGAUUAUAUUGAUGUCCAUGGAUGAGUCACAUACCUCUCGGAUUUCAUCAAAAAUAUCUUAAUUUGUGUUCUGAAGAUGAACGAAGGUCUUACGGGUGUGGAACGACAUAAUUAAUGACAGAAAUUUCAUUUUUGGGUGAACUAACCCUUUAAGUUGUGUUUAAUUACUCUUUAACUACAUCACUUUCACUGGAACACUGCAUUAGAAUCGUACUAAUUAAUACUGAUCAUUCAACAUUGGUCUAAUCAAACCAUUGAUCAACACACACAUAUGCAGAAUACAUCAAAUAUAGUGAGGCAAACCUCAACUAAUUAAACUAAAUCAAUGUCAUUUGAAAAAUAAAAGCAAUCAUUCUGCUUCGUGAUCAGUCACUUGGCUUUGUGGAAUUUUUAUGGAUGCUUUUUUUCCCCGUUUUGAGAUGAUUUGUGUAGCUCUUCUAAUAAUGAAUGAAAGACAACAGGUUCAGUGGCUGUUUUUUCUUUAAGUUUGCCGUCUGACAACAGUCCCACAUGCCGGUAGAAACAGAUACUGUUUAACAGCUGUUUAAUGUGCGCGUAAGAUAAACGAUAGGCUAAUCUACCACAGCCAGCAGCAUGACACAUCAUUUUGCUUUAUUUGCUCUCUUUAUCUUUUUAUCUGCUAUCAGUUAACAAGAUAAAUUAUUUUAAAAGUUUCCUGAUUAUGUAAGAUACAUUUCUAAAGUAAAAGCUCCACCCUAAUAGGGGUGACAUUGAAAGCCUUCAAAACCCAGCAGAGGAUCUCACAGUCGUCACAAGACAGCAGAAGAACAUCACACUUUUCUUGAAACCAUAAACCUCAUGAAAUGGCAAACACAGUGAACAUGAUAAAGAGAAUAAAUUCUAGAGGAUCAGAAGAGAUAUUAUUACAGCAACAACACAUCAGCAUAGAUGAUCUGAAACAGACAGAUGAGAUAAAACAAGAAGAUAUUUAUAAGAAAUAUAUUUCAAAAAAAUACAUCCCAGAUUAUCCAACUCCUGUUGAAUUUCACAUCACAGAAGUGGCUCAUGCCACUAACAAGACAGGACUUCCACAGAUCCUGAACUCAGAAGGUUUCAAGGGUCUUGAUGAAGAUUCAUUUUCAUGGUGGAGCCUGAAGAUCAAUGAAGCUGAUAUCAGAGCCGCUGAGGAGCGUUUCCUCGAGAGUUUGUUCCCAGAGAGAACCGAAGAAGAAAGUGCAGCUCAGCAGCCGUUCCUGAGUAAAUUCACCACAUCACCAGCAUUCAAUAAUGAAAACUCACACUAUAGCAACUUCUGCUUCACGUUUCUUCUGACUGAACUGAUGGAGGCCUACAAGAAGCAGAUGUGUGAAGGUGAAGAGCCGGUUCUCAGGGUAUAUGGGACCAAACUUUUCAAUAAGUUGAUUGAGUAUGUUGUUCUCGUUCACAGCCCUCAGAAUAAUGAGAAGUUCAGUCAAUAUCCACUGCUUACAUCCAGCCCAUUGAUUUCUUAUGAUGGAAAUCAAAUCAUCUGGAGAGCACAAGCUAUUUGUAGAAAUCACAAAUACCAACAGGUAAUCAAUGGAAACCAGGCUUUCUUUCAAAAACUUGAAAUAAAAGACAGCGAGUAUUAUGUGUGGGAUCAGGUUAGCCUUGCCUUUCAGGUUAAAGAGGUUCUUACCUUCCCUAAAGAAAGGCUUAAACCAAGUGCUUGUGAAAUAUUUACAAAACCAAAGCUAAACCGUUCAAAUGAAGAGAAGCUUUCUCGUGAGGAAGCUGAGGAAUACCUUAAAACUUUUCAAUGGUGAUUAAGAAUAACCCAUUUUUAUCUUCCCAGAAUUGUAAGUGGAUCAAAGGUGUGCGCAUUGGUUCUGUGGCUUUGUGGGGUUUUACCAAAUAGCUUGUUUACUAAAGAAGUUAAAAAAAAAAAAAAAGGUGGAGGGUGAUUUGAAUCUUACCAAUACUUGUCAUUGAAAGACUAUAAUAAGGAGUUGUUUGUUUGAACACUAAAAACAGGCAAGAGUGGAAAAUGAUAAGAAAAAAAAAAAAAAUUUCAUGUCACUUUUUACAUCAGGGCCCGUAUGUGUAAAACUUCUCAGAAAUGCUCUUAAAAUAAUCUUAAGUUUUGACUUAAGUGUCAAAAAAUGCUUAGUCAAAAGUACCUUUUUCAGUUUGUUGUCAACUGACAAAAAAAGAACUGUAUUGUGUUUGCAACAACGGUGGAGCAAUGAUUUAUUUUCUCUUACACUGUAACAAAUGUGGA